AUGAAGCAAACUUUUUUGGCAGCUUGUUGUAUUCUACUGGCCGUGCUGUGUGGCAACAGUCUGAGCGCAACGGCAGCCACAGUUCGUCCUUAUAAAUUUGGAUUUACCAUCGAGGAGCAGCAACAUCGCGCAGAGCAACGAGAUGAGCUGGGCAUUGUGAUGGGCGAAUUUGGUUUUAUCACCGCCGAUGGACGUUACCAUGUUACGGUUUAUGCCACCGACGAAAAUGGCAAAUUUCGCAUUAUUUCCAUGAAGAGUUUUCCCUACGUAGCUCCUCCUGGCAAGCCCAGCACAACUGUCGCUACAACGACGCGUGCUCCGCCGCCAAAGCAAAGCUUUGCUGGACCUGCCUGCUCCGGCUGCUUCCUAACCAAUAAUGCUCCAGCAGCAGCAGCUACUUCAUCACCUGCUCAGCCAGCUCAGCGUCCAGCUCAGCAUCACAAGACUGAGAUACGUCCGCUGUCGCUGCCGCUAGCACCAGAAACGAUUACAGAUCCAAGUAAGUUGCCCCUUGUCUACCAGAAGCAGGCCUUUAAGCUGGCCCAACUGGCUGUCAGCCAGAUCACAGAAAAGAUGAACGCUCUGCUUCAGGGCCAAGCUCAAGGAGGUCAGACUCAGAGCGCAGUCCCGACGACCCCAGCUAGCCAAGCCUCACUUCCCAGCGUUUCACUUACUAAGGCGCCAGUUCUGGCCGUGGGUCUACCACAGGGUCCGCCAAAAGGACAGACUCCAGUGACCCAAGCUACCCAAGCUCAGUCCUCAGCUAGCCAGACUCCAAAGACUCCAGUAGACCAAGCUCAAGUGACUUCAACAGUUAAACCUCAAGUGACUUCAACUGCAAAGCCUCAAGCAAUUUCAACCUCAACGGUUCAGUCUCAGGUGCUCCCAGCUAGCCAACCUUCAGUAACUUCAACUUACCUCGCUCCAAAAAUCCCAACGGAGCAAGCUACAGUGACUCCAGCCAGUCCACCUCUUGUAACUGCAGCUGGCCAGGCUCAAGUGUCUCUAGCUGACCAGACAUCCAGUCUACCUCUGGGCUUGUUAGCUCCUGCCCCAGCACGGGGUCCUGUUAGGAUAACUUCCACUGGUGAGGUGCAGGGUCUACUGCCUGACAAGCCUUUGGGAGUCUCUCAAGCAGCCGAUCAAACCUACGUUGACCGUGGCGUCAAUGUGGCGCUGCCUUUCCAGCAGUCCAUUGCGCAUUCAAUUGAUGCUGCGCUGGCAGAGAGUCAAACACACAAACAAAUUGCAGCCAGUCCGCACAAACAACCACAUGCACAGCAGCACACACAACAGCAACAAGCACACACUACACCCACACAAAACAAGUUGCAACCAGGCAGUGCAACUCCUCAGCCUUUGCACAUUCAGCUUAAUCCCAGCACGUUCCCGACCAACACUAUUUCUAAGCCUCAGGAAGUACAAAAGGUUACUAUUGAUCUGUCUAAGACGCAGAAAAUUACGCCUGCGCCAACUGGACCAAAGGAUCUGCAGAGUCAUAGCUUCGGCACUCCUGUGAAUCAAGGAAUCCAGCAGCAAGCUCAGAUUAAGCCCACCACUUUCGAUAUCCAGCAGCCACCCAAGGAACCAAAGGAGCCGAAACCGGCUUACCAACCACUGAAUACGCACCUCAAUCCUAGCACAUUCCAAACACAUCAGCCACCCAAGGUGAUUGAAAAGGUGAGCAUUGACUUGUCGCAAGCUCCGAAGAUUCCUCCAGCGAUAACAGGACCAAAGGAUUUACAAAGUCACGCCUUCGGCACUCCUGUUAAAGUGGCUCCUGUCUCACCAAAGCCUUCACAACAAUUCCAACAAAACGUCAAGCCUCAGCAGGCUCAACUCGGCAACAAUUACAAUGCACAACCAGUUUACCAGCCACUGAACACGCAGCUCAACCCCAGCUCUUUCCAGAUCUUGCAGCCACCAAAGGAGGUGCAAAAGGUUAGCAUUGAUCUGGCACAAGCGCCGAAGCUAACUCCAGCGACAACUGGACCAAAGGAUCUGCAGAGUCAUGUCUUUGGAACGCCAACUUUCGGUGUCAAACAACAGGAUAAUCAAAAGGUGUCCCAAAUUAGUGCAAGUUCCCAGGCAACAUACCAGAAACCGAACAAUUCGCCGACAGUGCAGAAACCAUCCUUGAAUCUGAAUGUGCUGAGUGCUCCCUUAGUUUCCAACAACAGCGAGCAGCUGAAUAAGCAAGUCUUUGGAACACCAACAAAGCCAAAGCAGACUUCUCAACAAAGCACACAUACGUUACUAUCCCAAUUAGCGGCUUCUAAACCGCUAACGAAGGAUAAUGUUGAGAAAGCCAUGAAGCAAGUAGUAUUGCCCUUGACCAACAAGAUCAAACAGAGUGCCCAAUCUCAGCACAAAGAGAAGGCGACGCCCACACAUCAUGCCACAGCUGCAACACCAUCGCAAUUUGAUGCCGCCUUUGCAGCUGCUGAUCGCCUGAAUAGAGUUGUUGUAGACAAAAUGCAGAAAGUGGCGCUUCCAGCUUCUCAAAUCAUUCCCAAGCUUGUGGCGAAUCAAAAACACAACACACCACAGAAACAAACCGCACAGCACAAACUCACCACACAAAAGCACAACACACUGCAGCAAACUGUUAUUCCGCUGCCUGCAGCAACGGGUAACAAAUUUGUAGCUCCACACACGCAUGCAACACCAGAACACACACACGCUGCCAGCGAGAUCCGACCAAUAAGCACGCCGGCUAUCGGAGCAGUUGGCAACGCGGCUGCUAGCAACAAUGGCUUAGCGCAGCCAGAAACCAAUACACAAAACUUACCCGCUAAUGGUCAGUCUCCUGCCAACUCUCCAAGCUUAGCAGCGACAGCAACCAAAACGGGAACCGGUUCGACCGGUUCGUCUGGCAAACAGCCAGCGUUGACUUCAACCCAAACCGGAUCGAGCCAAACGGGUGAAGCGGGAGAUUUGUACAAAUUUAAAUAUUUAUUGGACUACAACGGUCAUGAGGAAACCGGUAGUAGGAAUGGCGACAAAGAAGGAAAUUACUUUGCAAUCGGCGAGGAUUCUGUGCUACGUACCAUUGAGUACAUUGCCAACGAGUUCGGCUACCAGCCUCGCAUAAGCUGGCGUAGAUUGGAUGCAAGCGAAAUCGCUAAUUUGCCAACAGAGAAUUCCCUGAAGCAUUACGAGUUCAAGUGGUUCAACAAGCCAUCGGAAUAGUUGAGGCGCAAACACUUAUAUAUUAAGGU